AUGCUAUACUGUCGUUCCGGUUUGCUCCGCGUGCCGGACGUACGAAGUGAGGUAUCACGUGACAAGAAACGCGAAGUUCAAUUCCAUUUCCUCCUGACGCCUGAAGAAGGUAUUGUAUUGUUUUCGAUAUUGGAAAAGAAUGGAUGGAAUGAGUAUGAUUUACUUGCAUAA